CCAGCCAAUCAACAGCUGCUUCUUCUUCAAUGGAAAGAUCUAUGUCAUCUUAUCGACCUGUAUAAACCUGUAAGCCUUUCUUUGAGCUCAACGUAACUUCCACCAUGGAUGGACUGCAGACGAUUUUGAUUUUUUUCUUAGGACUAGUAUUCUGCAGUCAUUAUUGCAUUUCUGAAUCAGUGCAGGAGGUGACCUUCAGACCUGGAGAAAACAUCACUCUAUACUGUGACUGUAAAGUAUCAACUGGAGUAUUUGUGGCUUGGUUCUUCAGGAACUGCUCCCUUAGAGCUCAGUCUCAUUAUGUUUUAAGAGCUUUGAAUCAGUUAAAACCUGAAACAAAAUUUCCACGUUUGAAAUUUUUUAAAAAUGAAUCUUCAGAAUCUUAUGAUCUACUGGUUAUAAAUGCCACUAAUUCAGAUGUGGGCUUCUAUUACUGUGGAACCGAAGAGACAAAAGUGGAGAAAGACAAUGAGAAGAACAUCUUCCGUAAAGACAUUUUUACGUAUGGGAAUAUCUCUACAAAUCUCAUCCUCGACACCUGUGGAAUCUGUUCUGACUUUAAGAAGACAGUGGAUGACUGUGAUGACUGCUGGAAGCUGCUCUUCUCUCUGUGCCCGACUAUUUUUCUUCUCUCAGUUGUUUUCUCCUCACUUUUAAUUUACUUGCUUUGUCAGAAGACAGGUAAAGAAGAUCAAGACAACAAAAAUCAAUCUGAACAAAAAAGAUACACGGAAGAGACGCAGGAUGAAGACAUAUGCUAUGCUGCCUUGGAAGUCCAUCAGCUAUCAAAGAGACCAAAGAAGAAGACAGUGAAAGUCAAGUAUAGCGCCAAUGAAGAUUCACAUUCUCCUUGCAUGUAAUCCGACAAAGAUCAAUGUAUUCCCUUUUUUGUAUUGUCCUUCAAACCUAAACCUUGACAAAAGUUUUUUAUCCUUUUCAUAAAUGUUUCAUGGACAUUUUAACAUAUGGUUGAGGAAAAAUUAGGUUGCCCUGUUAAAUGCUUAUUUUUAUUAUUAUGUUCACAUGUCUCAUAGCAAAAUAUAACUUCUGAAUAUAAAUAUUAUGUACAUUUAAUUUAAAAAGCCUUUGUGUUUGAUCAAGACACUUUCUUUUGUUUCUGUAAAAGAAAUUAUUUACUUAUGCAAAAACAAACUAUGUUUUAUAAUAGCAAAGAAAAAAAGGUUUUCUAGCUGACAAACAUGUUAGGGAACCUUAUACUCUCUAGCUAGUGUUACACAUUUUACUUGAAAUAACUUCAGUUAGAAACUUCCCUGAACAGUCUAGCAGUCUAAAAGAAAGUUUGCCCCAAUCCUCAUUUACAGCUUUGAUGUUUGAAAAGCUCCUUGCAUCUACAACCAUGUGAGGUUUCAGUUCAGAUCAAAAUCACAAGCUCAACUCAUGCCAGGACGUUUCAUAUUCCGAGUCUUAGAUGAUUUUACUCAUAUUUUGUGGGUAUUUGUAAUGUCAAAAGGUUUUGUUCCAUUUCAGCUUUUUAAAACAUUUUUUUCACAGAUAUUCUUACAUUUUCUUCAAACCACAUAAAAUUCAUGAUUAAUUAAAGCAUUCCCAAAAUCAUGACACCUCUUGCUCCGUACUCUUGGUGUAUGUCUUUCUUUUUCUUUUUUUGUUUUUGCAUUUCAUUUAUGUCAUAUGUGUCCUAUAUGUGUCAUAUACAAACAAUUUCACUUUGGACUAAGCUGUCCAAAACAUGGUCUCUCUUUUAUGUGUAAGAGUUUCUAAAGAAGGCUACGUUUGAGCAGUCUCUUUGUUUUUCUGUCCACAGUAGCAAGAGUCUGCUAUGAAUUAUGUGUCGACAGCUUAGAGUUUCAGGAGACUUCUUUCAGUAUCUUGCGGUCUGCAUUCAGAGUGAACUUGUGUGGAUAGCCAUAAAACGUAGCAUUUUAUUAUAUGUUAUGUUACAUUUAAUAUGCUAUCAUAAAACUUAAUAGUUUGUUUUUAGUGUUAAAGUGAUUAAGGGUCCUGCCCUAUGGCUGAGAGUGUUUUCUAGCACCGAAAAGGGACGAACUGAAAGGCCUUCCUUGCUUGAAUUCUUGAUUUCUUCCUAAAGUCUCCCUAAAGUUAAGACAAAUAUUUAAAAUCCAAAUUGCGUGUGAAAAUUUGAUAAAGUUAAAUCUUUAAUCAGCUAAGUAAUGUGUUUAAUGUGUUUCACUAUGAAACACAUUAAACUAAUGCUUACAUUAGAUAGUGUAUAGAUGUCAGAACAGGGCAUAAUAACUUUCAGUGGCACAAUGUAUGGUGUUUAUUGUAUAUUUACUCUCUAAAUGGCACAACAGGUUCAGAAAAUUAAAUAAACAGAAUAAAAUUUG